AUGCCCAGGUUGGAAGUGAAACCUUACUUAGUAAAGGAAAUUAACAAAGAAGAUUUUCUUCAAAUCUUAGCAGAUUUGGAGAGGAAGCCAGAUGCUGAAUUUUGUACAAUAAGUAAGGUGAAGACUAACUCUCAUAACCCUGUCAAGGGAAGGCUGCUUCCUAAGCAGACAUUGAGCAAAAGUUUUACGAAUAGUGCUAUUCUGAAAGACAGAGCUAAUAAACAAUGUUUUGAAAAAAACAUAAAUCAAGAAUCUACCAGUAAAAUCACAGCAACUUGCACUUUUGCUCAUGAACAAAUACCAAAACAUACUAAACCAAGGACCUAUACCACUUUACUUCAAGGAAUAAUUGACAAUAGAUAUACAAACAUUAAGCAAGACCAAAAAUCUUUGCAGCCUUUUAGAGUCUGUGCAUCAUAUGCAUGCACACCUUUUCCAAUGGGACCAAUAAUAAUAAAUGUAACAGCUUUCAACAAAAAAGCACAAACUUUGGACUCUAAGUUGAAAAAGGCUCUUUCCCAAAAUGAAUUUCUGAAUAAUAAGACUCAGGCUAACCCAGAUAUUAACAAAAAGGUAAUAGAGGACAGAAGGAAACAAUUAGAGAAAUGGAAGAAGGCUAAGAGGGAAAUAUAUAAACUACCUCUUAUGGAACCAAAAGCAAAAACAAAUAAAAAAUAUGAGUGUUUCCUUUUAGAAGAGCAUUGA